AUGAAUGAUAGUGAUCCCCAAAAUGACUCUUCUCUGUUCACUUCACUCCAACAAUCUCCGCUUCUCAUCGAUCCAUUCGAGAUCACUUCUUCUUUUAUUUUUCUCAUUCUUGGAUCAAUCACAUGCUAUAUUUACGUCAAAAUCCUUCUCCAUCAUCUAAGGAAAGGCUUCAAAUCGCACUAUCAAAAGAUUUUUCUGAUUUUCUCGGCUAAUGACCUUGUCGUUUGGGCUGUUCAAUAUUUGGAGCUUCGUUUACCCACUUGGGGUGUUAAUGAAUGGCUUUAUAGCGGGAUUCAAACUGGUUUUGUUCCUUAUUUGAUCUACUAUUUGGCAGUUUUCACCUUUCUGACUCAAUAUCUGGGUACUCUUCUAGUGGCUGUGAAUCGAGCCUCAGCACUUUAUCAACCAACAGCCUAUGAAAAGAUCUGGUUGCGUAUCACUUGGCCUCUCCUUUUCUCGAUCAUUUUAUUCGCCGGAAUCUCUUCAUGUCUUAUAUUCUUUGUAGUCGAUUUUUACUUUUACCGCGUCAUUUGGGGUUAUUAUCUACCAAUUGAUGACUUUCGUCCGGAAUUCAAAUGGUUGGCCGAUCUAUACUAUUGGGCAAAGUGCAACGGUGAAGGUGUUAGCUUUAACGAGAAUGAUCCAGCUUUACAAUACUCGGGAACUCAACUGAGUGCUGCUAAACAACAAACCAUUUGCAGUGUUGUUGCUUGCGAUGAGUGCUCGAUCACACUCGAUUUCUCUUAUCUUUGUUCAGAUGAAAAAACAAUCGACUUUUUGUCAUGCAACAUCGAGUCGAAAGAUCUCCCAUUCACGUUAACAAAUAAAAACCUGGUUGAUCUGAGUAAUUGCUUGAAAAGGGCAACCAUCGGAAAUUUGAGUCUAAAAAGUUGCACAUGGGAUUCCAAGGAUAAGCAACUUGGGAUCACUUGGGAUAUUCACUCGACAAUCGAUGCAUCAACGAUCGCUUUCCUGUUUCGUGUCAAUCAAUAUAUGAAAGUUAACACCAGUUUCCUCCCAAUACCGUUUACCACAAAGGUCGACAACUUCGAAUUCUCUCUUGCUGAGUCCUAUCAAAACACCUGGAUUGCUUUAGCUUUCGACCAAGGAAUACUAAACUACAUUGAUCUGGAAUCGAAAAACAACAACGAAACAUGCAACUAUGAGCUUUGGUUAGACAAUCCUCCAGGAGAUAAUGGUGGAUAUCCAGACAAGCAGUUGCUCACGAUCAAAGAAACCGAACCACUAGUGGAGCAAUAUCUCGAAAACAGUCGCUACAGUCUCCAAAUCCCGGCUGGCUGCUCGCCAACAAUUCAACUCAGACAGACUGACAAAGACGCUGGGGGGACAGCCCUUGUCACGACACUCGGCUAUCUCGACCCAUACAACGAAUUCCCUGAUGAUUAUUAUUUGAGCCGAAUGAUUUACUGCGUAAGUUUUCUCUCGAACGUGACACUUGAGGUGAUGAGGGUUGUCAAUCAUGAGGUUACGGUUAACCUCUUCGAUGCUCAGCUUCAGUUAAUUGGGAAUUUUACGAUCGAUGCUGGGACUUUGAAUACGACCUACGAGCUUUCGGACAUCAGUGCCAUUCAACUCUACUGGUCUCCUCAUGAAGCCACUAGUGAUUCUGGGGUAGCCGCAAGAGUCCAUGUGACAGCGGAUAAACAGUUAGAUCAUGUGUCAUUAGAAAAAAUCAAGUGUAACUUACAAGAUGGCAUCCAAGGACAUCGCUUUGCUCUCAUCCAUCUCCGCAUUCUCGCGGUUUUAUGUAUCCCGGCGACGCAGUUGCACAUC